GGAACCCAAAGCGCUCACGCAACUCUCGCUGUCUCUUCACUCUUUCCAAUUCACAGCCGAGAGCGGUGAAGCUUCACCUGUUCAUCCUGCUAGCAAGAAUCCUCAGAGCUAACAGAGAGAAGGGGGAAAUGGAGAUAGAAACGAUUAAGCACAGGAUGCUACAGGUUAACGGGAUUAAUAUGCACGUCGCCGAGAAAGGGGAUGGUCCGGUGGUGCUCUUACUCCACGGCUUUCCGGAGCUCUGGUACUCUUGGCGCCAUCAGAUUGUCUACCUCGCUGCCCGCGGGUACCGGGCCGUCGCCCCCGACCUCCGUGGCUUCGGCGACACAGACGCCCCUCCCGAUGUCGACGCCUACUACAUGUUCCACCUCGUCGGCGACCUAAUCGCGCUCAUCAACUCUCUUGGCCAGGACAAGGUUUUUGUGGUUGGCCACGACUGGGGGGCGGUUGUGGCCUGGUACCUCUGCAUUUUCAGGCCGGACAGAGUGAAAGCACUGGUUAAUCUCAGCGUUGCGCACACUCCCCGGAACCCAGUUCGAAGACCGGUCGACUCCUUGAGGGCGCUCUACGGUGAUGAUUACUAUAUAUGCAGAUUCCAGGAACCUGGAGAAGCAGAAGCUGACUUUGCUCGCUUGGGUGCAGCAUUUGUUAUUAGAAAGUUCUUGACAUAUCAUGAACCAGCGCCUAUUCUCAUACCAAAAGACAAGGGAUUUGGAGGAUCCCCUGAUGAAGAAAUAAUCUUACCUUCUUGGCUAUCUGAAGAUGAUAUAAGUUAUUUUGCAAAUAAAUUCAACAAGUCAGGGUUCACUGGAGGACUUAACUACUAUCGGAUCAUGAAUCGUACAAAAAUUAACUGGGAGCUGACCGCCCCCUGGACUGGGGUUCAAAUAAAAGUACCUGUGAAGUUUGUAGUUGGGGAUAUGGACCUGUCCUACAAUGUUCACCGCGUCCAGGAGUACGUUCAGAAGGGUGGAUUCAAGCGAGAUGUUCCAUUCCUUCAGGAAGUUGUGGUGAUGGAAGGAGUUGGUCACUUCAUUAAUCAGGAAAGACCAAAUGAAAUCUCUCAACACAUACUCGACUUCAUCAACAAGUUCUGAUGCUUCUGAUACUUGGUA